UCGGGAGAAAACGGUUUCCACUAACUAAAUAACAGAUCACUUUGAUUUUGAUGAUGAUGAAAAUAUUUAGAAGUGGAAAAACAUUUUCUCUUUACGAGUACGUGCUAUAUACUUCCCUCUUAAGCUGUGUUGUCAGAGUAUACUUUUUCAAUUAGAGUAUUGAGGCGUUCCGACUCCGUCAUUAUAUUAGAGUGUUGUUCCAUUCCACCCCGAGCCCGACGCCCGCCCUCGGCGCCGCUCGCCGGCCCGCGGCUCACUCCGCCGCGAACCCUCCUCGAGAGUACUCGCGUCUGAUCGCGGCCUCUGCUCCGUAAACUUUACACGAACCGCUCGCCGGUAUCAACAACGUCUUAACAAUCCUAUCCCAAAUAUUAAUACAUCGCGCGCCAUCGAUCUCCGCGCGUCGGACAUACGAUUGCUUUAUUCCAUUAAGGAUUUUCCGAGUUUCAUUAGACCGGUAUCAAUAAAUCUUAUUGAAAGUGCCAGCUGGAGUGGACAAAUACAAAUAAGUGCUCCAUUAUCGUGACUGUGAAAUUGUUUGUUGUGGAUUGUUGAGGUCAGCUCGGAGAGGACCGUUUACUUAAAGUGCUUCGCUUAUUUCCUUCUCAACGUAAUUAUAGAAAAAACUAUUUUUUAAGAUUGUUUAUCAACUUUGCUGUAUAAAUAGUAGAAGAUAUAAUACAGUUGUGUGAUGAAGUGACGGCCUCGCCAUGAUCCGCGACCCCCCGGCCAUGCACAAGCCUGACAGUGCUCCCAGUCAGCAGGAUGAGAAGUACGCGCUCAGCAGCAGUGUGGCGAACACGGGCGGCGCGCGGCUGUGCGCGCAGUGUGGCAAGGUCAUCACGGAGCGAUUCCUCCUCAAGGCCAUGGAGCGCUUCUGGCACGAGGAUUGCCUGAAGUGCGGCUGCUGCGACUGCCGCCUUGGCGAAGUUGGCUCCAAACUAUACUACAAGGCGGAUCUCAUGCUCUGCAAAAGGGACUAUCUUAGGUUAUUUGGAGCCACAGGCAACUGUGUAGCGUGCAACAAAGUCAUUCCGGCCUUCGAAAUGGUUAUGCGAGCCAAGAGUUUCGUUUACCACUUAGAAUGUUUUGCCUGUCAGCAGUGCAAUCACAGGUUCUGCGUAGGUGACAGAUUCUACUUGUGCGACAAUAAAAUCCUAUGCGAAUACGACUAUGAGGAGAGGCUGGUAUUCGCCAGCAUGGCGGCCAACCCCAGCGGCCUCGCGCACAUCCGCCGCCAAGUCAGCGGCUUACAGUCGCCCAGCGCAGGAUACAUCGGCGGUGCGGGCUGCGGCGCCGGCGCGGCCGCCGUGGACAAAGACGGCGGGAACUGCGCGGGGGCAGACGACGCGUCCAGCGGGUAUGGCAGCCCGCCCGACCCCGACGUCUGCGACGCCGCACGAUGACCGACGAUGCCGCGCCGACUUCUCGCCUCGGUGAAACCCCACUAGCGUCGGCGGGACGCAUUGGCCGUCGGAGCUUCGUCGCUCAGGCGGACGUUUUCGAAUCUACGAGCACCCAGCAGUUCACGAAAACUCCGCAAAUAGAUUUAACGUGACAAACCCGACUCUUAUAUUUCAUUGUAAAGUAACCAUCACCAAAAUGAACAAAUUAUUUUAUUUUGUUUGAGGUUUAAACUUAAAGUUGUGUAAAUUCCGAAUCGCAAAAGCGCUUACGUGUGGAUUUACGUCGAGACACCAGCGAGCAUAUUUUAUUAAUGCACGGGUACAUUAGUCUAGAAGGCGACUAUGGAAAUGUGGCCACUUUACAAAAUGUCCGGGAUGAGACGCGAUAGCGUUGUCAGAACACGAUAUUUCCAUUAUGUAUACGAUUUGAGCACUUGUUUACAUGUUAAGAUAGCAGAGCGCCGCGCGUUGCGUGGGCAGCACUCUCAAUUGAACCGGAUCACACUCAGAAGCAAUAACAAAGGCACAUUUUACGUCUCAAAAAUACAUUUAAACUACCAACUAUAAAAUUUGACACUUAUUAUUGCUUAUGACAGUAACUAAUUCAUAUCUUUUUUGGUAUAUUAUAGUACAGAGCGCUGUUGCGAUUCUAUGCUUUUCCAAGUCUGCUGUAUCAUACAAUAGUUAUACAAUCUAUCAAUUUUAACACCCACUGUCGUAUAAUGUAAAAAUAAUGUUAAACCAUGAUAGUUGUAACAAUCGCAUGCAACGAUUCAGGUCCAGGCACUUAUAAGAUGUAUUAAAAUAAUUGUUGAUCGAUCUCAUUGUUAUGGAAAUGUUUGUACUUUAGUAACCCUAAAUAUUGUUAUCAUACGAAGUAUGAACUUCUAUUGAGAAUAAUUUGAUUAUGUUUUAUUUUUCCCUGAUUUGGUUAAGUAGGUAUAUUGAUGUUAUUUUACCAAAGACAAGUUUCCGUUCUUAGAAUUUAAUUAUCUCCAGAACGAUUACGAGUUGUUUAUAAAUCGAAUAAUAGUGAUAUAAAUUAUACUCUGAAGUGGUGCAAUGGUUAGUUAAGUAUAUUCUGUAUAAAUAUUAGAAAACUAAUUGUUUAAGGCGUUUCACCCUUUGUGUUGUCUCCUGCCAUGGCUUCAGUGACUGUUCUUCGUGUGUCAAAUGUUCCAACAUCAUUCCAUAAAUUGCUUUUGUUUUACGCAAAUUAUAAAAGAAAAAUACUCAAAAGUCUACAUAUUUCUAAAAUUUAAGUAUUGUAAAAAAAUAUGACGACAGAAGAUACGCAUUGUAUUUAUGUAAAUAUUUAACUGUCAUUAGUUAGCAAAUAUUGGCUAGAAUAAUGGUUAGGUUCGGAUGUCAACUGCAGCUGCAUUACUGUUGCGGCGUCGUGGUUGCCGCCGCUAUAUAUCUAAACAUUACCUUGAUAAAAUGAGUGACAUUAGCGACCGCAUUACUUCCACGAUUAUGACAUUAAUUCCGUCACUCAUUUGAUCAAGGACAGAGGGACAGAUACAGCGGUGGCAAUCACAACGCCGCUACAGUGAUGAAGCCGCAGCGGACAUCCGAACGUUACCUUAAAUGUUUCGAUCUUUUGUCAACAUCGACAGAAUAAGGUAAACGUCCUAGUGUAUGACAGCCCGUUUGUCAUUUCUAUUGCUUGGAAUCAAGAUUGAAAGUGGUAUUGGGACAGUAUCCAGCAUUGGGACAUUUACGCUAAAUGCUUCAUUUCACAGUUACUAUGUAAAUAAAUAUAUUUAUUUAAUAAUUCAACAAAA